CUGGGUGGUCAAGCAAUUUCCCGUAAAAGAGCCUUCCAAACGCACCGGACGGUCCACGAGAGAAUGGACGGUCGUCGUCAAUCCCGCACGCGAGAACAUCUACCCCUUCCUGCCCCGUCGAUCUCCAAUUUUGCCAGUUGCCACCGACCAGUCUCCCACCAUUCAUUCAUGUUUCACAUUAAUGGCAACAUCGUCUCUGGUCAUCGGUGCUUGCAGGGUACCCUCACUAUAAAUUACUAUGAAAAAUGGUAAUCCGCUACCUACGACACAGCCUUCUCUCUCUCUCUCACCCACUUCCUCCGACAUACAUACAAGGAGCAAUUUAAAUACCGAUCCUUCUAAUGGCCUCGACGCCCCCCGUCUCCGGAGUGCAGGUGGAGAGCCUCCUCUUCCCGCCGACGGCUAAGCCUCCGGGCUCCGCCAACACGCUUUUCCUCGGCGGCGCGGGGGCGAGGGGUUUGGAGAUCCAGGGCAAGUUCGUGAAGUUCACGGCCAUCGGCGUGUACUUGGAAGACAGCGCGGUGCCGUCGCUCGCCGUCAAGUGGAAGGGCAAGAGUGCGGAGGAGUUGACGGAGUCCGUCGACUUCUUCCGGGAUAUCGUCACAGGUCCCUUCGAGAAGUUCAUGCAAGUGACUAUGAUCUUGCCAUUAACUGGUCAACAAUACUCGGAAAAGGUGACGGAGAAUUGUGUUGCCCACUGGAAAGCUAUUGAAUCUUACACCGAUGCAGAGGCUAAAGCUAUUGAGAAGUUUCUUGAGGUCUUCAAGGAUGAAAAUUUCCCACCCGGCUCCUCGAUUCUUUUUACACAGUCACCCCUUGGAUCUUUAACGAUAAGCUUCUCCAAGGAUGGGUCUAUACCAGAAGUAGCAAAUUCAGUUAUAGAGAACAAGCAACUGUCAGAGGCUGUAUUGGAGUCUAUCAUCGGUAAGCAUGGUGUUUCUCCCGCAACAAAACAGAGUUUAGCCUUGAGAAUAGAGGAAUUGUUGAAGGAUGUUAGAGCAGCUGGCAAUGAGAAAAUAGAGGCAAAGAAGCUCCCUGCUGAACAGAAGCCGAUGGCGUUGGAGCCAGUUAGUGUUGGGGUAGUUGGAGAGAACGGAAAAUAGUGAAAGACGGUGGAGGUGAAUGGUUUCUGUUGUCGCUUUUCCUCUUCCACAGGAAAAAAUGACUUUUAUGUGUAUUUAUGAGUGCUUUGUAUGCAUAUUGAUCUCGUAAAAUAAACAUGGUUUGUAUUUGUGGUGUUUUUGUUGUUGGCAAAAAUCAAUAUGCAGUAGUUCCUCUAUGGUAGAGAGGAAAUAAAGUGUAUCUGCAUUAGUUUUGAUUUUGAAGUAAUAGGGAACUCGAGACAUCCCCCAUUGCAUAGGCUAA